GCCCUACCGUGUUGCGCGACGUCAAGUAACGACAGUUGCUCGUUGGGUCUACAUAAAGAAAGACCGUAGCAAUUGCUAUUAUUACGUGAUUUUGCAAAGUAAAUUGUCUUCAGGCAUCGUUUCGCGUAUUUAGUAACCGUUUCUUUCACCUAAAUCGGUAUUAAUUUCGUUACAUUAAUUAAAUUAAUUUCAAUCAUUAAAAAGUACGAGAAGUAUGUAUAAUUAUUGGAAACAAUAUUUAUUUGCGAAGCAUUGUGCGAUAUUCGUGCAAGAUUUAUUGUUUGUACAUUCUCCUAUAUUCGUGUUCAUAAACAUUGUUUAAAAAAGAUUUCGGUUUGGUAUACAAUUUUUUCGGUCGUGACCGCCAAAUAUCGAACGUCGAUAUAAUCGAUUACUUCGAUUUCUUUUUUGAUUAACUGUUAGUCGAAUUCAGCACUAUGACAUCGUUUUACGAUAGUCAUGAUUAUUACAAAAAAAUGUUGGAAUUGCAGGAAAAAUUACGAAAAAGCGAAGAAGAAAGGAUAAGAUUAGACGAGAGAUUCAAAAUACUUGUACAAGAAUCUCGUAAUAGGCACGAUGCAUGCAUAAAUCGAUUGCGUCUGAGGUACAUAGAGUUUUUAGAAGAACAGCGUACCAGGGACGAAAGAAACUAUAAACUUCUCGAAGCAUUGGACAGAGUAGACAAUAGUCUUGCAUUGAUGACUUCGAAAACAAAUAGACUUAAUGUUCUCAGAAAACAAUACGAAGCGUACCUUCGUCAAAUUUACGCUGUUCGUAGCCCACCAAGAAGUAUCGUCGACGAUAACGAUACGACUGGUCCAAUUAGAGAUAAAUACUUGGGAAGUAAUGCCAUCGAGGGACAGAUUAGUUUGCCUCGGGAAGUAAGAAGUAUCUCAUCGUCGCAAACGUUUCUGUCCAAUCCUCAAACAAGUACGAUCGUUUCUCCUUCAAGAAUGACUAAAUCGACGCAAGACACGUAUCCCAUUGAUUACCAACAGAAUCUUAUACAAUUAAGAACGUCGAGUCAGCAGAUAAACGACGGUCCUCUGCAAGUACACCAAAAACUUCAACGAUUACCAUCUCCGAAUUUCUCACCGCGAGUUCUUCGGCAAAGGCAGCAUUACGACGACAACGCGCAUCUCGUUUCUCAUAACUUUCCAAAUGCAUCGCCUCGUUCGCAAAUCGACUCGUCAAACCGAAACGCCAUUCAGGAUUUUAAUAAAUCCUCGCCUCGACGAACGGAACCAAGCCAUAGUCAAACCAUGCCAUACCUCGUGACACCUGAAUAUACUAAUGAUAAUGUAUCGCGAUACAAACCGGUGGGCAUAGUUCGGGAUCGAACUACCCCGACGACCUCUCAGUACUGCAUCAGUCCAUCGCUGGUAAUGCAAUCUCUUCGACAGACGAGUACCAAGCAAUUACCGAGUAAUCCGAGUAAGAACGACAACGUAACUUCUCCAGGGUUCCGAACCACGCCGAUAAUAACGGAAUGUACCGUGCCAGAUACGUCGUUGCUAAACGCACGCCUGAAUUUGUCGUCCAGGCAACCUCUUUCUAUUUACUUGAGUAAUUCGUUGACAAGUUCCGAACAUCGCCAGAAACCGAUAUCCGACUCUCCUCCGUUCAAGUCAUCCUACGGCAGUUACGCAACAAAACGGAACGAACGGUUUAUUCCAAAACGUUUAAAUAACGCGUAUCGAUCGCCGACGAGUGCAAGGCACGUUCCCUUGGAAGAAGACAGAUACGGAGCAACGGAGGACGUGGAAAACGAGCUGGACAGGUACAUCGACAAGAUUCGAAAGCUUUAUCGCGACCUGGAUGCACAGAGUUUCGAAGAAGCCGACGAGCGGAGCUUGUUGGACGACGAAUUUUCUAUCCAAGACAAACCAGAGAGAAACCUUUCCAGGGGAGUCGAAAACGUUUUAGCGUUGGCGGAUGAUCUCGCGGUUAGGACGGCGGACGUUAAAAAUGGCGAAAGGGAACGCGAUGAUAAAAAUAGAAAUCUCGAAUCGAUUCGAACCACGCGAACCUACAAGCCAAUUUCGGUAGAAAAUUCCGCCGAGAGUUUUGGUAAGCGCGAAGGACGCGCGACAUCGGUGGCGGAUGUAACAGACGAAAUUAGCAGCGAUGUCGCGUCAGUUGAUCCAGAAUUAGAUUUGCGUGGAAAUAUCGAAAAGCCUGAAAAAGAGUAUAUCGAUGACCCAGGUGGCGUUCGUACAUUGGAACGGUGCGAGCAAUUACCUGAGGCGCAAGAAGGCGAAUAUGUCGCAUCGAAGAGCGUGGAACCGAAUGGCGAGGAUGGUAUAUCUGGAAAUCCGCGAGAGGAAACGCGCUGCGAAGGAGAUAACGUUUAUAUGGCGGAGGAAACGAACCUAGAGCAACACUCGUUCAACGUUCCCGAAGAAUUGGAACCGUGGAACUUGGAUCACGUUGAGAAGCAAGUCAAAGAGAUGGAGUUAAUUAGCGAAAUUGAAGAACAAGCUGUGGAAAAAGAAUUUAACGACGGGAAUGUAGAGCAAAUCGAAGUUCAAAACGAAGCAGAUGCUGUGGAAGGCCAACCAGAAGAGCGAGAUGAAGAUCUCGGAGAAGAGAUGGAAAUAACAGAUUCGAAUGAUAUAAACUCACAGGCAGAUCAAUCACAGGCAGAUCAAUCACAGGCAGAGGGUUCUGAACGUUUUAACACGGAAGAAGCUUAUAUUGGUAAAAAUGAAACCGAAGCAGGGGAGAUUUUCGCUUCGCAAGAUCAAGAAUCGAAGCACGAAGAUGGCACGGCUCGAAACGUAGAAUUCUCUCAAGAUAACUUUGAGGAACAAAAAGAGUACGCUAAUAACCAGGAAGAGGAAACGAGUCACGGCGAACAGGAAAUUGCGAAAUUAGAGGAACAGAGUAACGAUCAAGAUUACAUUCGAGAAUCUAACCAAAAUUAUGCCGAGAACCCUGAAGCAACGUACGGCGAUUCGCACGAGGGAUUUAAUUACGAUCAAAUCGCGUCGUACGCGAAUAACGAGCACCAAGAAUAUGAAGGGUACGGGAACGAAGAAUACGUGCAAGAUCCGAAUAAACAGUACCAAGAGUACGCGAGCGAACAAUACGAUCAGUAUGCCAACAAUCCUGAGAAUCAGUACGAACACGAUCCUCAUGCCCAAUACCAAGAAGACGCGAAUCAACAAUAUACUUACACUUACGACGAACAGUACGAUCCCAAUAAAGAAUACGAAACCGAUGUAAACCAAUCCUACGAACCUUAUCAGACAGAGGUCGCGCAAGAAGAGGAAAGCGGAAAGACGGAAGAAGGACAAAACGAAAAGUAUGAGGAACAACACGAGGAACAACACGAGGAACAACACGAGGGACAACACGAGGAACAACACGAGGAACCAAAGAGUCAAGAAACGGAAGAAAAUCCAGCUUUAGAAAAGCCGGAUGAGAGCCAGAGUAAAAGUAGACAAUUAUCUUCCGAAAACGAACCAAAGAAAAAGAAAGACGUGAUAAAGUCCUUGUUAGAUUCCGACACGGACAGCACGAUCGAACGGAAUGUUUCAAACACGGAAAGUGAUUUUGAUUUUAAUUAAAAUGGGAAGAGUUAGGAAUAGUUUCGAACGAAAUCCAAGAUUUUCUAUUAAAGUGGAUUCUUCUCGGAUUCUUCUCAUUUCUAAACGCACAUUUAAUGUAUACAGGUUAUCCUAGAAUUAGUGUAAGAACCGGAAAUAAGGGGUAGCUGAGACGAUUCUGAACAACAAUUUCCUUUGCAAAAAUUUUGAAUGGUGCUUCGUUUAUGAAUUAUUAACGAAAAACCACCGACCAAUCACAGCGCCCGAAUAGUACGCGCUCAGCCGCGAGAGCAUUGGCUCGAGCCAGGACUGGCUGGCUAUGCUAGGUCCCGGCGUAGCCACGCCUCUCUCCCCCCCUCCCGCCCCUCCUUCCGGUUGAUUACUGAUUCUGAGAUACCCUGAAAAGAAACAGAGAACAGAUUUGUCUCUGUGUAAUGUAACUUUAGUGUAACAUAAUAAAAUAGCAUAUACUAGCAAGAAACAGUUAUUUCUUGGGAAUGUUUUCGUAGACAUUGAUGUAUCUUACUUUCCUAUCAAUUUUUAUUAAUUUGUUCUUCUUGUUCAUUCCUAAACGCACAUUUAAUGUAUAUAGAAACAGUGGACAGAUUUGUCUAUAAUGUAACUUUAGUGUAACAUAAUAAAAUAACAUAUACUAGCAAGAAAAA